AUGGCUUUCAAAAGUUCAAACCCUGCAGGGGUGUCCCAACUUAGCCCAUCACAAGCUCUCACGGUCAAUGAAGGAUAUUCCUUCUCCCAGGAAGACCCGAUCAAACUCGGAAUCUCGGUUACAAGACAUUUCGACAAAGUCUUGACGAAUCCAAGGGUACUUGGCAGUUCAAAAUUGCUCCUGUCCGGGGACGUUCAGUGCAGGCAGGGUCGCAGGUGGUCGGGGCUCGGGCUCCUGGCGUCGGAGAUGAGCGGGAGGAGGAGCGGCGAUGAGGCAGAGGUGUGGAUGCUUGCUGGCAGUGAGAAGGUCCUGCGACGGUGGAGGCGUGCAGGCGGGAAUAGAGGACGGGCAGAGGCGGACAAGUUCCUGCUAGUCGCGGCGGCGACGAGGACAACCUCCUACUGCUGCUCACUGGCGAGACGACGGUGA